AUUCCUGUGUCAUAAUAUUAUACUUCAAACUGACGAACCAUGAAGUACUUUUUUAUAAUUUUUGCUGAAUUUAUGAUUCUAGUCGAUUCUGGAGGAAAAGAUAUGAAGUUUCUCCCAAAUUUACCCCUAGGAGAAUUUCGAGUAAAUGUCAUUGCUACUCAACAAUGCCAUGUAAAUCAUAAUUCCAGUUUGCAGUUCAAUUUUUUUUUGUCCAAGACAUCUAGAACUACAACUGAACUUAGAGGAAAUAUAUCAAUUUUUAACAGGCCAUUUGAUGAUUCUUUAUUGUUUCGUGGUACUAUGGCAAUAAGAGAUAAAAUUGGUACUUGGCAAAAUAAUGCGUAUGUAUAUAAUUCACCUAAAGCAUACUCAAGUCUUAAAAAACUUCUUGGAGCUGAAUUUCCAAUUUUUAUGAAUAGCUUUGGAGCAAAUGAUACAAUACAAAAUGAGAUGCCACCGGGAAUAUAUAUUUUCAAAGGCUACAAUAUAUCGAACUAUCCAGUAAAUACAAAUUUUCCUAAACAACUUUUUUAUGGAACUUACAUAUUUAAGGUUAUGUAUUUGGAAAAAAAAUCUAGAAGAAGUUGGGUGCUUUUCAUUUACCAUCGAAGUAAGACGUCCUUGGGAAACUGA